GAACAACAAGUAGAUAAGUUACCCACACAAAAAAUAUACGAUAAAUUCGAGAAUGGGGACAACUGUGUACACCUUGGAAGGGGGAACGCCAAAGAUGAAAUAGUGAGAGGUGUGAACAUUGCCCUGAAUGUAAAACAUAUAACAGAUGUAAAAUUAGCCACAGACAUUGUCAAUGCCUGGUGCCACGCGUGUUCAUUGGGGAAGGAGGACGUACCAUCCCCGAAUGAUGCUUUCCACUUCCUAUUUUAUUGGAUAGGUGACAGAAUAAAGAGAAAUUUGGGUGACCUUACAUUUUACGAGGUCAUGAUAGCAGCUUACCAUAAUCUAUCGAGUGGCCAAUGUAAUAAGAGAAGUAUUAUAUAUAAUGAUAUUAUCGAACCUUUCUUCACAUGGGCUAAGGAUCUAUGGGAUUAUGAAUAUAACAUUCGUACGUUGAAAGAGCGCGAAGACUGUAGUGAAUAUAAAUCUAAUUUUAAAUUUAUUGAGAAAUUAGAGAAAGCGAAGGAAGCAUAUAAGGAGUUAUGUGAUAGAUGUGGUAAAAGUGAUUAUAGUGGUAAUAGUUAUUGUAUAGAAUUUAAAAGUAAACAUAUAGAUAGGGGAAAGUGCAUAGAUGGGGAGCUAACGGAAUUAAACUGUAAAACAAUACAGAAACCGCUGGUCUCAUCAUCUGGGGCAGUAGUGACGAAUGAAGUGCAACUUGAUCAGGAUCCUGGAAGUGCCGGUCUUACAGCGGGUAGCAAAAAUAUGUGCAUAUAA